AUGGCUGAGAAAGGAACCAUACUCGUUACCGGAGUGAACGGUUAUAUUGCUGCGCGAACUGCUGAAGCUCUUCUCAAAGCUGGCUACCGUGUUCGGGGCACCGCUCGCUCGGUUCAAUCCGCCGAAGCAACGCGCACUGCGCUGUCAGAGUACUCAUCACACUUUGAUGUUGUUGAAGUCCCGAAUAUCACUUCGCCCGGCGCAUUCGAUGAAGCGGUUAAAGGCGUCUCUGGGAUUGCACAGCUUGCGUCCCCCGUCUCUCUUUCAUUCUCCGAGGCCGAGCCUGUCAUAAACACAGCCAAAGCUGUCGUCCGAGGCGUUCUUGAAUCCGCUAUCAAGGAGCCUUCUGUUAAAACUGUUGUCCUUAUGUCCUCGAAUGCUGCCAUUAGAUCGAAGAAGGAUGGGCCAUACACAUUUACCGAGAAAGACUGGAACCACCAAGCUGAGGAAAUGGUGCGGAAGCUUGGGGACAACACGCCAGGUCCUGUCAUUUACGGGGCGAGCAAGGCCGCCUCAGAAAAGGAGUUUUGGAAAUUCAAAGAAGAGCGCAAGCCCACGUUCACAAUGGCCUCCAUCAAUCCAUCCUUUGUUCAUGGCCCUCCUCUAGUUAUCCCGAGCUCCCCAGAUGCGGUUUCUGGAACUGCUGGGUUCAUAUUUGCAAUCCUAGCUGGGCUUGAUGUUCCGGCAGCCAUGGCAAAUCCUUGGUGGGUCGAUGUACGUGACGUGGCCCGCCUUGUCACCUUUUGUUUGGACAACCCGACCAUCACAGAUGGAGAGCGUUAUCUCCUGAUAGCUGCGUAUGGACCGCAACAAGCCGCGGCUGACAUCUUGCGGAAAGCGUACCCUCAAGGGAAGGUCCAAGAAGGUAACCCUGGUGAAGGAUAUCUGCCAGGAUUCAAAAGCCCAGGAGACCAGCAGUUUGAUGCCUCUAAAGCGGUUAAAACCACCGGCAUAGAGUAUAUUCCAUACGAACAAUCCGUGUUGGAUACCGCGAAAUCGUUUGAACCUUUGCUCUAA